AUGGCCGCGUAGUCAAGUUUCAUGCCAACGCCGAUUGCCGUUGAAAUCAGUCGUUCAACGAGAGUGACCGCGUGCGAAAGCCAGAAUCAAGACAACGCACAUCCUCUGUACUAGAUACUGCAUUAAAUUCAAAUAAGAUAGCUGACAACUGACAAAACAAGCUACAGAAGCCAAGCCAUCGUCUUGCUAAGCAGAAUUCAAUCGGCUCUUUAUACUCUGCACAUAGUACAAGCACCGACCGAGGUGUCCAAAAGGUGUCGAAAAGUCUAGAAAGAGCGAAGGAAAUUCCGAAAGCCCCAGCGGAAAAUUCGAGGGAACAUUCUAGCAACAGGACUGUUGCUUCUCCACCACCACCCACUCAACUGCGCCCACAUCGAGUGGCAGAGUCAACAUAUGUUCGCCUGGCUACACCCAAGCUGAACUGCCUUUGGACCAUAUGUUGUUAACGCUGUAACGUUGUUGUUUCGUGUGUGAACCAAAUAACAUAUAUAUAGCCAUAGCCAUAGCCAUAGCCAUAGCCAAACAAGAGAAAUUUCCCGAGUGCGCGUGUGUCUAGUGUGUCUAAAACAUAGCAAGAAAAAAGAAGAAAAAUCAAGCAAAAAGUGCAAUUGAAAACGAAAACGAGGGAAAGAGCCGAGUUAAUUGCCAGCAGCACAGCAGCCAACUCUCGCUAAAACCAGAACCAUCUGGAGUGCUGUUAUAUUUUCGCCCAUAUAUCCUGUCGCUCGUCGCAUCCAGCAUUCUUAUGAAACCGGAAAAUCGGCAUGAGUCGUACAAUGCAAAGUGCGGGACACUAGACGGAGCCGAACCGUUGUAUCAUCAGCAGCGCAGCAACAGAAUGGACGUCUAUCAGAUCGACGAUGGAUUCCACUCGGACGGCGGCACCGAGACUCCGCCGCCGUCUCCCAGUUCUGGGUCAUCGAUCGCCUCGACCUCGGACCACGGAUCGCUGGAGAGCGUGGACACCGGGGGGACGCAGCGGCUGGCCGUGCUUUCAUUCGAGCAGGUGAGCAAGCUGCACGACGUCAUGGACGAGAAGGUGGCCAUCCACGGACGCGGAAACUUUCCCACGCUGGAGGUAACGCUCAAGGAUCUGGUCAACCUGGUGCGCCGCAAGCUCGAGGCGGAGGUGAACGCCGGCGGCGCCGGGGUGUUAGUUAAGGACAUCCGUCUCAACGGCGGGGCAGCUAGUCAUGUUUUAGCCAGCGAGGAUCAGCCGUACAAUGACCUGGACCUGAUAUUCGCCAUCGAGCUGAGUUCGCCACGCGUCUUUGACCGUGUCAAGGUGGCGGUGCUCAACACCCUGCUGGACCUGAUGCCCGAGGGCGUCUGCAAGCGCCGCAUCUACACGUGCUCCCUGAAGGAGGCCUACGUGGGCAAGAUGGUGAAGGUGAACAAUAACAAUGACGGCGAUCGCUGGUCGCUCAUUUCGCUGGGCAACUCGCCGGGCCACAAGAACGUCGAGCUAAAGUUCGUGGACACGAUGAGACGCCAGUUCGAGUUCUCGGUGGACUCGUUCCAGAUUGUGCUGGACUCUCUACUGCUCUUCUACGACUGCGCCGCUCUGCCCAUCUCGGAGAACUUCUAUCCAACGGUGGUCGGCGAGUCGGUUUACGGCGACUUCCAGGAGGCACUCUACCACUUGCAAAAGAAACUGAUCUCAACGCGUCAGCCGGAGGAGAUACGAGGCGGCGGCCUGCUCAAGUACUGCAAUCUAUUGGUGCGCAACUACAAGGCCGUCGACUCGCAGCUCAUCAAGACCCUUGAGCGCUACAUGUGCUCGCGCUUCUUCAUCGAUUUCCCGGACAUCAAUACGCAGACUACCAAACUGGAGGCCUACUUGCGUAACCAUUUCUGGGGCGUCGAUGAGGAACCGCUGCAGUAUCAGUACCUGAUGCAUUUACGGGAGGUGGUCGAGAUGUCGACGGUCUGUCUGAUGGGCCACGAGCGGCGCCAGUCGCUCCAUCUCAUCCAGUCGUUGGCCGCUCAGGUGCUCUUCAACAAGCAAGAGAAACAGCAGCAGCAGCAGGCCCAAGAGAAGUACCAGCAGCAGCAGCAACAGCAACAGCAGCAGCAGCAUCAGCAAAAUCAGCAGCACCAGCAGCAACAGCAGCAGCAGCAACGUCAGCAUCAGUUCCUGGACCCAGCGCAGCAGCAACAGCAGCAGCAGACACAGACGCAACAGCAGCAGCCCCAGCAGGCAGCAACCCUGACCCUUGUACCGCAGGCGUCGCCCACGGGUCAGGCGCAGACCAUUUAUGUGCAACAGGCCGCCCCAGCCGCCGUGUGCUGCACGAGCAGCACAGAUCAGACGGCGUCAGCGGCACCACAGACCAUACAGAUACAGGCCGGUCCGCCGGGACUCAUCUAUGCCAACGGCGUCUACUAUGCACCUGUGAUCCCCAGCACCAUCUGCACGUGCAACUCCACCUGGCUGAGCACGUGAUUAGGACGGCAGGAGCAGGAG